AUGACAACCGAGAAGAACGGCUUUAGGGUUAUUGUGGCCGGCGGUGGCAUUGCAGGCCUUGCCAUGUCGCAUGCUCUACAGCUGGCCAACAUUGAUCAUGUCGUCUUAGAGGCCUAUGGAGAUGUUCGGUCUCAUGUCGGUGCCAGUAUUGGAUUGUGGCCCAACGGUAUCCGCGUCCUCGAACAAAUGGGCUGCUGGAAACAAAUCAAAAGCCAUUGUGCGCCUAUGGUUGACAGCUACAAUCGUCUUCCCAAUGGCAAAGCGAUAAGUACAAGUCGGCUGGCGGACAUGAUUAAAGCUCGCCACGGAUACGACUUUGUCGUUCUGGAACGUCAAUUGGUUGUCGCAUCCUUAUAUGACAAUCUUCCGGAUAAGUCUAGAAUCCUAGUGAACAAGAGAGUGGCCAAUGUUACUGAGACUAGUGAUGGUGUUCGAGUCGACACCGAAGAUGGCACAACGUAUGAAGGGGAUAUUGUUGUCGGCUGUGAUGGCGUAAAUAGCACUGUCCGAGACUUUAUGUGGGCAGUGGCGAACAAAGCAAUUCCGGGUUAUAUUUCCGCACAAGAGAAACGAUCCCUUGCCACUACUUAUGCUUGUCUGAUCGGGUUUGCCCCAGAUAUGCCUGGAAUGGGAUGUGGUGACUGCCAUACCGUUCACAAUGAUGGAUUCUCUUUCCUGGUUAUCACCCAACCUAGGAGAACGUUCUUCUUCGUUUUCAUAAAACUCCCCAAGGUCAUUCACUGGCCCACGAGGCCCCGCUUCACUGCUGAAGACGCUGAAGCUGAGGCAGCGAAACUCUCUGACCUGCCCGUCAGCGACACUGUUCUUUUUGGCGAAUUAUGGCGGAAACGUAUUCGUGGUCAGCUCAUUGCGCUGGAGGAAGUUGUUUUUGACCACUGGCACUUCGGUCGAAUUGCUAUUUUGGGUGAUUCGGCGCACAAGUUAACCAUUAAUCUUGCUUUUGGUGGAAAUUCCGCUUUGGAAAGUACCGCUGCCCUGGUAAAUGGACUCAAUCGUGAACUGAAAGCCUAUCCCAACCGGAAGAUGAGCCAAGAAACCAUCUCGAGAAUCUUUCAGGAAUACCAAGAGUUGAGAAAGCCACGCAUGAAAAGGGUUCUCAACCUGGCAUACCAACUAACGCGCCUGCAAGCCUGGGACGGGUGGUUCAUGAAAUUCGUACAGCGAAGGGUGAUCCCCUGGGUGGGUGACGAACGUGUGGCUGAUCAUUUCGCUGAUCUCGUCAAAGGAGGAAUCAAGCUAGACUACGUUCCUCUCCCCAAUCCGCCUCUCGGCACAGUUGCAUGGGACGAUGAUUCUGCAAAGGAGACAAUAGCCAAUUCUUCGAUUGGAAAAUCGUCAAACUUGUUCCUUUGGGCCUUGGGCCUUAUUCUCAGCUUGAAUGCGUCGUAUUACUUGGUUUCGGUCCUUCGCAGCCAAUACACCCUCCAAUCGCUAUAA